AUGGAUUCCAACAAUCAACUCUCCAUUUUUGGUCCUUCCUCAUCAUUGGCUAUCGAAGCCUUUAACAAACGUCGCGCCAACCAGCAAGCAGAACGCGAGGAGUGCGAAUCUUCAGAGGAACUCCCUCACAAAGCCAAGUCGGAAAUCCUGAGAGUACCUGCCGCUGAACUCGAUCCAUCGGCUAAGCCCAGCUUGAUCGUGAAGUUCAACAUCAACUUCAAACCCAAAGUCGAAUGGAAGAAGAUCCCCAACGAGAUACAAUUCUCAAUUCUCAAGUUCACAUUCCCUGGCCAGAGAAUGUUCGACUUGAAUCUUCAGCCCUGCGUUUUGAUCGAUCCAAGUUUUGCUGUCCGCAGCGAAAUCGAUGAUCAGACGACCGAAGAGCGAAACCUAAACUCUGCUGCACAUGCUGCAGCUAACGGUCAGGGUAGAGUCCGAGCUAAACCUCCAAUAGCACUAUCUAUUAGUAUAGCAACCCGAGAAUAUGCGCUAGAGACAUUUAAGCUUUUGAAACAACCUUUAGCAUAUCGUCCCGAAGUCUUGCCCAGACCAAUCGGCCACGCGUAUUUUGAUCCUAAAGUCGAUAUUCUGCAUUGUAAACCAAAGAUGGAAUACGUACACCUAAACAAAAUAAGGGCACCGACGGUUAGCUCAUUCAAAGAUAAGCGACUGAUCCAGCGUAUCGCCAUUUCGAAUGAAUACUUCUCAACUCUCAACUACACUACUGGACCUCGACCAGUUUUGUUGAACUAUAAAUCACUCAAAGAGAUUAUCGUGAUUGUUCGGCAUUUAUAUUGCUGUAUUCAUGGCAAUGAAGCUCGCACUGUGCUCAUGAGACGAGUAAGCCAGCACCCGAAGGAAUACUAUAUUGAGAAAUUCAAGACGUUGGUGGAAGGAAAGUGGGCGGUUGCUAUGGCCCAGUCUUGGGGGAGGUUUCCGGAGGUGAGGUAUGCGGGAUAUUGUAAUUGCGAUCUUAGACUGCCCAGGAGGAUAGGGAGUGGAGGUGGGCGUUAG